GGCAGGGCGAGCCCUGAUCUCUGGCCCUGAUGGCUCGGUCAGACGAGGAGCUUUUCCAAGCUUUCUGCGCCGACUUGAAUGAGGUCGGCCGGAUCGACCCGAAGUGGUUCACCCGGUUUGUAAAAUCCAAAUCUAAGGAGAAGGCCCGGCUGGAGGGCAUGAUGGUGGCCUGUCGGAAGGAGGCCAAAGCCGCCCAUCAGAAAGCCGAGAUGGCUGAAGAAAAGCUCAUAGAGCAGUAUGCGGCCUUCCGAUCUCUUUACGCCAAGCACGGCGGGCUGCUGAAGGCAUCAAAAGAGGCCGAUGCCCAGGCCCAAGAGAAGAUCCAAGAGCUCGAAGGGGAGAAGGCCGAACUGAAGGAGAAGGUUGUCCAAUCCGCCAAGGAGAUUGCCCAGCUAAAGGCUGAACUGGAAAAGGAGCAUGCCGACCAGGCCUCAUUUGCUGCUGCCUGGACAGCCCAAGAGCCGGAGCAAUUUGUCGCCCGGGCGAUUCCUGGUUGGGAGACCGGCAUCCGGUUCUUCUAGGGCCUUUACAAGCACGAAGUAUCCGCCAAGGUCAUCGAUGAGAUCAGGACCUUUGGUUACUCACAAUUGACUAUGUUAUGCUUACAUUAUUAUUUGCCCACUCACAAACAUUUCUGUUUGUACAACCUUCACAUAAUAAAUCUAAUUAUGAGAU